GGCCAUGAGUGAGAGAGAUAUCUCAUAUUUGGAUCUUUAUACUGACUUUUGAUUGAGAUACACGCUGGUCUUACGAAUGCACUUUGUAAAAGACAAGCCAAGUUGGUGGUUGAAUGAAUCAUAGAAUAUGGGUGCUGAUCGUGGGAUGAGGAUCGAUUGCAAGUCCUUUGUUACCUUGCCAUUUUGAUUUGUCACAUCACCACAUCAAAAGCUGCCAUCUGACCAUUUGGGCCGAGCCGAGCAUGGUCCAACUAUUGGGUUAUUGUUUGGGCCUCUUCCUCAGCAGUUGUACGUUGUCAACCCUGGACCAGAAGUGGUAAGUGGGUUUGGUCUACGCUGUUGAUCACGAACUCAGCCUUGUGCAUGGGGCAUUGCACCACAUUUCCAGGAAAAGGCUUAGUGAAGUAGGCCACAGACCCAGAAGCCAUCACAUCUAUGAAGCCAAUGUCUUGUACAUCUUGGUGGUCAUAUCGUUAGAAAAUGAGAAUGUUGAAGAAACAGAAGAUACUCUGUAAUAGUUUUAGUUUGCAAGUAAGACACUUGUUAGCCAUUUCCAAUGCCAUGGCCGAGAGACCAAGCUCAAAAGAGCUCGUUUGGGUAGGAAUACGUGCCACCCACGUAUCAGAGUUGCAACAUCUCUUGCAGAGUAGUGCAAGAAAUAGAGCAGCCAUUGAAGGAAUGGCUUGCCAUGCACAGAUUAUUCGUGUUGGGUUAAGAGCAGAUACUAUAACGUCAAAUAUGCUCAUGAACAUGUACUCUAAAUGUGGUCUUGUUGAGUCCGCACGAAAAUUGUUUGAUGAAAUGCCUGUAAGAAGCUUAGUUUCAUGGAAUACUAUGGUUGGUUCACAUACCCAGAAUGGGGAUUGCGAAAAGGCUCUUGUUCUAUUCAUGCAGAUGCAAAAAGAAGGGACCUCUUGCAGUGAAUUCACUGUUUCCAGUGUUGUUUGCGCUUGUGCGGCAAAAUGUUGUGUAUUUGAGUGCAAACAGCUGCAUGGGUUUGCUCUUAAGACGGCACUUGAUUCAAAUGUGUUUGUAGGGACUGCAUUGCUUGAUGUGUAUGCUAAGUGUGGUUUGGUAAAGGAUGCAAACCUAGUUUUUGAGUGUAUGCCUGAGAGGAGUGAUGUUACAUGGAGUUCGAUGGUGGCAGGGUAUGUACAAAAUGAGCUUUAUGAGGAGGCUUUGGUGUUGUUUCAUAGAGCUCAGGCAAUGGGGUUGGAACAUAACCAGUUCACAAUUUCAUCAGCUCUAAGUGCUUGUGCAGCUAGGGCAGCUCUGAUUGAAGGGAAGCAGGUGCAGGCUGUUUCGUGCAAAACUGGUAUUGGAUCAAAUAUUUUUGUGAUUUCAUCUCUCAUAGAUAUGUAUGCAAAAUGUGGAAUAAUUGAGGAAGCUUACACUGUUUUUUCAAGUGUUGAGGAGAAGAAUGUUGUUUUAUGGAAUGCAAUUCUUUCUGGGUUCUCUAGGCAUGUUCGUUCUUUAGAGGCAAUGAUUUACUUUGAGAAAAUGCAGCAGAUGGGUAUAUGUCCAAAUGAUAUUACUUAUAUUUCUGUUUUAUCUGCAUGCAGUCAUCUAGGUUUGGUUGAAAAGGGACGAAAAUAUUUUGACCUUAUGAUAAGAGUGCACAAUGUGUCUCCUAAUGUCCUUCAUUAUUCCUGCAUGGUUGACAUUCUUGGUAGAGCAGGGCUGCUUCAUGAAGCUAAAGAUUUUAUAGAUAGAAUGCCUUUUGAUGCCACUGCUUCAAUGUGGGGAUCACUUUUGGCAUCUUGUAGGAUAUAUCGAAAUCUUGAGCUGGCUGAAGUUGCAGCUAAACAUUUAUUUGAGAUUGAACCUCAUAAUGCAGGAAACCAUGUGUUACUUUCAAACAUUUAUGCAGCAAAUGAUAGGUGGGAAGAAGUUGCAAGGGCAAGGAACCUUCUUAAAGAGAGUAAAGCAAAGAAGGAGAGGGGUAAGAGUUGGAUUGAAAUUAAGCACAAAGUUCACUCAUUUAUGGUUGGAGAGAGAAACCACCCUAGAAUUGUUGAGAUUUAUUUGAAGUUGGAGGAUUUGGUAGGAGAGAUGAAGAAGAUUGGUUACAAGGCCAAGACUGAACAUGACCUUCAUGAUGUGGAAGAGAGCAGAAAGCAAGAACUUUUAAGGCACCACAGUGAGAAACUAGCUCUAACUUUUGGGAUAAUGGUCUUACCUCAUGGUGCACCUAUUAGGAUUAUGAAGAAUCUCAGGAUUUGUGGGGAUUGUCAUUCUUUUAUGAAGCUUGCAUCAAGUAUUACAGAGAGGGAAAUCAUUGUUAGGGAUACAAAUCGAUUUCAUCAUUUCAAGAAUGGGUAUUGCUCCUGUGGAGAGUUUUGGUGAAAUGCCAGUUAGGUCUGUGGUCUGUGGUAUUUUUUAAUCUUCAGGGUGUGGUUUACACAUUCCAGCUGCUGCUCGUAGUUUGGAUCCAAGCGCUCAUGCGAAAAAAGGUGUAAGAAUUCAUUUCAAUGAUCAUUAACUCAUUAUUCAAGCCAAUUUUGUGACAGUGACUGAAAUGUGGUUUCUGUUAUCAAAAGGAUGUAUAAAUCUUUGUCACAGCAGCUGUGUCCUUGCUUUCUGCAACCAAAAAAAUGUAACAUGAUGAAUUAGAGAAAAGACCUUGAUUUCCAAAGAGCGUGGAGGGCUUACCAGAUUUCGAACUUGAUUAACUUUAGUCAUAUUCACAGUUACAUAGCCCAUGACUGGUAAAAAGGCAUUAUGCUUCGUAAUGAGAAGAGCAAAGUGAUGGAGUAUUGUAACAAGGUUAUGGCAUACUUGGACCAUAAUAGUUGUCAAUGGGUCUAAAAACUGGAGCAGCUGAAGCAGAGGCCAAGAAGGUAUGUCACAUCUUAGUCUCUAAGGACCCACACGAUCACCUGACAUGGUGGGUAAUUAGUUCUAUCUCCAUGGUUAACAUAUUUAUUUGCAUUAUUCUUUUGGUUCCUUACCGUUCUGUAAACAUAUAGUUGAAACUUAUACCAAAUGCUCAGGUAUUUAUUUUAAUUUUGUGGACAUUGAAGUUAAAAAAUUUUAAGUGAUGACCCAUGUACUUCACGUCUUCCAAUUUAUCAGGGGUCCGUGUUUCUAUUAAGCAGGGCUCUUUUAUGGGAAAAAAAAAAAAAAAGGGAACUUGAUGAGGGUGACUAUUAGUUUGUUUUCAUGAUACCUGUGAUUUAUGAAGGCUCGUUGUUUCAGACUGUAAUACUCUUUCAUUUUCAUUAGAAGACAAUUGAAAACUUGUCUAUUUUGUUGAGAAAAAUCAUGAAUCUUUCAUAUAGACUAGACACCAGUGCAUACAGAUUAGUCUCAUUAUUGUUAUGUCUAGGUCAUCUUAAUGUAUCUAAUCAUUACAUUUUGUGUGUUCUAUUCCUUCUAGGAAGUGCGGAACUUAUUUUGAUGCAGGGAGAGGUAACUGGGAAAAAAGGAUCUUAUGAAGCCCAAAACAACCCAUAAAUGACUUGCAAUGAAGUGCUAAUUCUUAUGAAUAAUGCCAGUCCAACAUUGAAAUGCAACAACAGUUCCUACUAUGCAAAUGACAUUGUGACACUGCCAAUCAACUUACUCUGGAGUUUAGGAAAUGAGCUGAUUUGUUCAGACUCAGGCACAGCCCUGACAAAUUCCAAGUGUUGUGCAGCCUAAACAGAUGAAAUUUUAAAGAAAGCCAUUUCCUUCGAAUCUGAGGGGCCAAACAAACUCCAAUACGAAAUGAAGGAGUGAAUCAGUUUAUCACGUUGAAUUACCCCUUAGAUUUGAAAAGAUACUAAUAGACUUAAGUCAGCCAGGAUGAAGGGUGAAGAGAUGUGCUAUUCUGUUUGAAACUUCGAAUAGCUUUUAGGACUAAAAGAAAGAAGGUUUGUAUCGUAGACUUCCUGUAUCAAUGGCUUUGUUAUUUUUAUCAAUGACCGAGUUAAUGGAUAAUGGCUCUUAUGCCCCCCCUCCUAAUUCACAUAGUUAUCAUAUUAGUGGUAAUGGAUUGAUCAAGAACUAGAUCUUGUUUUAGUUAA